UGCAGCUGGACAAACGCGACCACGACAGAACCUUUUUUCCCCCCUCGACGUUUAGCCAAAGAAACAGUGGAUUUAUCCGUUUUUUAGCCAAUAACGCGAGCAAACUGACAAAGGAGACACGUGUUUGCUUUGCGUAUCGGGGAUUAGUAGCAGAAUUUCAUUGCUGUGUGGUUUUCUUGUGACAGCCUGGACCGGAAAAGAGCCGUUCACCCCCCGACAGCUGGUUUGCGGAUUCCCCCUCUUUGCGCUUGAAGUUGUGUGAGCCGGCUGAGAUGAGCGGUCCAGAGGUGGCCAAGACACCGGGAGGCGGAGCUCCAGGCAAGGAGGGAAAGGAACCUGUGGCCAAUGGGCACGCAGGAGAGGGCAACGACGCCAACCCAUUUGCUGAGUACAUGUGGAUGGAGAAUGAAGAGGAGUACAACAGACAGGUGGAAGAGGAGCUGUUGGAGCAGGAGUUCUUGGAGCGCUGCUUCCAGGAAAUGCUGGAGGAGGAAGACCAGGAUUGGUUCAUCCCUUCUCGUGACCUCAACAACCAGGGGGUGGGGCAGCUGCAACAGCAGCUCAACGGCCUGUCAGUCAGCGAUCACCACAGCAACCUGGAGGAAGUGGCGAGGAAGAGCUUGUUGAACCCCGAAGCGAAGGAAUUCGUCCCGGGGAAGAAAUACUAGGAGUCCCCCUCACCCCCAUGGAGCCUCCACGCGCACACACACACACACACACACACACACACACACACACACCGGUCCUCACAUUCUCAGAGACUCUGGCGGCCAUGACCGCGCACACACUGAUGCUCGCACACACGCAUGCACGCACACACACCUACACACUUGAAGUCAGUGGCGUGCUGGCAGGCCCAGUUGGGGGGUGGGGGGAUUUCCUUUUUUGUUUUCUUUUUUUUUGUUUCUUUAAUCUUUUUAUUUCCUGUUUUGUUUCUUGUAAGCUGAGGGACAUUGGGAACAGGGGUGGGGGAUGGGUGUAAUACCAGCACCGCCCUACUGCGGGCGCAUUUCAGAUGACACUGUUGAUAUUUACAGAGUAUGCAGAUCUCAUUGAUGUCCCCUUGGAACUGAGGCAGCUACCAAGGAGUGAUGCCAGGACAAUACUUCAGCCCAAAAUAUCUAAUAAACUUGAAAGGUUACUUCACAUACUCAUUAAUUUGUGUGCUGUCCAAGUUUUAACAACAUCACCAGUAGUUUGAGGGUUUUCAUGACAGUGAGAUUAGAGCACGACUAACAUUUCAGGGGACUUGAUGGGUUUCUCCCACUGCUCUGUAAAGUCAUCACGGUCAGUCAAACCUGUUAACGUUUGCUCCUAUGAUGUCAUAAGCUCUUCUUGUGCAUCUAGAAAUGCGGCUUGUUAUUUGUAUCUGCAGUGGCUCCGUUCCAAACCAAAUACAGACCCCACCCUCCCUGCACACAUGUUUUUGGAAGUGAUCUUAACAGACAUGGACAGGUGUAACCAUGGAUAAGAAAUUAUUUUCCCAAUUUAUGUGGAAGUCCAUGUUUUAUGUUGUGUCCAGCUUAUUAGAGCCGAGGUGCGCGUUAACUGAUCACACAUCAAGAUGAGAAAAAUGUUGUUCUAAAGGGAAGGUCAGAACUUUUUGAACCUUCAGAAAAUCCGUUGUUAUAUUUUAUUCACGGUUUCAUCCUUUUUUAGUUCAAUUUGUAUUCAUGGGGUGUAGUGAACAACCUCGUUAUAGGGGAGUAUUUGGUCUGGAACAAUGUCACUGCCUCUUUCUGCCGGAACAACUUGGUUUGUCCAGCAUCAGAUCAAGUGUUCAUAUCCAAAUCAGGUUUUCAAAAAGCCUCUCCUCUUUUGUCUAUUUUUCCCCCUUCAUGUUUUGAGGAUGAGGCAUUUUGUGUCUCUACUGGGUACAGUAGCCUGUGGUGUCCAUUUAGUCCUGUUUGCAGGAGGAAACAUGAAGGGACAAUAUUGUCAAAGCCAAUCAGAAUAAAGCAGUAUGGAACAUGUGGCUGACAGUAUGGCCUCCUUGCUGUUCUUCUCUUUGUAGGUUGACUUCUUCUGAGGAAGUUCUUCUUUUUAACCAUAAAUCUUUGUUGUGGUCUGGCUUUCCCUGAAGCAUCGUUCCUUAGUGCAAGUCCAAUCUCCGUUCAGUUGCGUGCCAAUAGGAAAAAGUUGUAUAUGUGAAGAUGCUUUUUAGGAAACCUGGAUUGUAAUCCUGAAUUACUGAGUCACUUUUUCUAGUUCUCGGCCAUUUGGGCUUGAAAACACAGAGGAUAUGUUGUCAUAAAAUCUGAACAUAAAUCAUCUUUAUGCCACUGUUCAUUUGUGGUAUCAGCAGUGACAAUAAUGUCGUGUGUUUUACUGUAUUACUGUUAAGUACACUUGUGCACUUAGGGAGUAUCUGACAGGUGAAAGCGCUUCUUUACACCCUUGCAGCUUUUCCAAUUUUCAGCCUAACAAGUACUCAAGUGUGUUCUUAAACCGUGCAGUAGAGAUCGUGAAAUGUUGGUUAAAAUGGAACUUCCUCACACAGUGUUGGACCGCAGUUGUCAAAUGACACCCUGGUGAAGCCAAUAGGAAUGUCUGCCAGGUGAACAUAAAAUCAUUUUUGGUGAUUUUGUUUAGAUGAGUUAGAUGACUGAAGUCGUGGAGGAAAAAAAAGAGGUCCAGAAGAGACAGUAUGAAUUUCAGUACAAAUAAAAAUAAUGAAAAAAGACGAAUAAAGAUGUUAAAGACAAA